GUCAACUUGAAUUAAGAGUCUUCGCUGGAAGAUUCAGACAGCUAAUUGAUGGCAAACAUGAAGCUUAGUAUACUAAUUUAAAACAAUAAAACAAAAGAAUUAGGAAUUCUUUUUGGGAGAAAAAUGGAAGAGCAGAAGAAGACGACGGAGAGGAGAGUGGUGGUGGUCGGCGGAGGAAUCGCCGGUUCCUUAAUCGCCAAGUCCCUUCAAUUCGACGCUAAUGUUACCCUCGUUGACCCGAAGGAGUACUUUGAAAUAACAUGGGCGAACUUGCGAGCAUUGGUAGAGCCAUCAUUUGGGGAGAGAUCAGUGAUAAAUCAUAGAGACUACUUCACUAAUGGCCGCAUCGUUACUUCGUAUGCAUCAGACAUUACUGACACGGAUGUAUUGACUGCGGAUGGUGAAGUAAUUCCCUAUGACUAUCUUGUUGUUGCAACUGGCCAUGCUGAUCCUCUCCCCAAAACGAGGACCGAAAGACUCGCCGAGUUUCAAGAAGGAUAUGAUAAGAUUAAGUCUGCUAAUUCCAUUUUGAUCGUUGGAGGAGGUCCUACUGGUGUUGAACUUGCGGGAGAAAUUGCUGUUGAUUUCCCAGAAAAGAAGGUUACUCUCGUGCAUAACGGAUCAAGAUUGAUGGAAUUUGUGGGACCAAAAGCUGCUGCUAAGACGCUAAAAUGGCUGAAGUCGAAGCACGUAGAAGUGAUACUGGAGCAAAGGGUAGAUUUAGAUUCUGCAGAGUCUGAUGGGAAUGGUAGCAAGACGUAUCGUACUUCAGCAGGAGAGACCAUCCAAGCAGAUUGUCAUUUCCUGUGCACAGGUAAACCAUUGGCUUCGGAAUGGCUUAAAAAUACUGUUUUGAAGACCAACUUGGAUGCUAAAGGCAGCUUGGAGGUCGAUGAGAACUUAAGAGUCAGGGGUCGAAAGAACAUAUUUGCAAUUGGAGACAUCACAAACAUUCCAGAAAUGAAACAAGGAUACUUGGCACAGGCUCAUGCUGAGGUGGCUGCGAAAAACUUGAAGAUAUUGAUGGUGGGAGGAAGAGAAUGUAAACUGGCUACAUACAAACCUGGUUUGGCUAUAGCACUUGUUUCACUAGGAAGAAGAGAUGGUGUUGCACAAUUUCCAUUGGUCACCAUAAGUGGGAUUAUUCCUGGCAUGAUAAAGUCUAAAGAUUUGUUUGUUGGCAAAACCAGGAAGGCAAGGGGACUUUAAUUCUUUGUUUUCCCUAACAUAUUUGUUUAUUACUAUUAUGUAAAUGUUGAUUGUAUAUGAUAUGAAACUAUGAAACUGAUUGAAUACGAUAUGCAAAUAUUCAGACAGAAACAAUUUAUUGAAAUUCAACUAUCUUGGGUA